AUGUUCUCUGCCAUGCUGAUGGACGCCUACCACGACGAACGCCCCGGGAUUCGCAUCGCCUACAGGACGGACGGUCACCUCCUGAAUCAACGGCGGAUGCACUUCCAAUCGCACGUAUCCACAACCACCGUUCACGAACUCCUCUUCGCCGACGACUGCGCCCUGAACACCACCUCGGAAGAGGAGAUGCAACGGAGCAUGGACCUGCUCUCCGCCGCCUGCGAGAACUUCGGUCUGGUCAUCAACACACAGAAGACGGUGGUGAUGCACCAACUGCCACCCAACUCGGCCACAGCCCCCAACGCGCCGCAAAUCAACGUGAAUGGGACUCAACUGCAAGUGGUAGAGAACUUCCCGUACCUGGGCAGCACGCUCUCCCGCAACACCAAGAUCGACGACGAAGUCGCCAACAGGAUCUCGAAAGCCAGUCAAGCCUUCGGUCGCCUCCAAAGCACAGUUUGGAAUCGUCAUGGUCUCCAACUGAGCACAAAGCUGAAGAUGUACAAGGCCGUCAUCCUGCCGACGCAACUGUACGGAGCGGAGACCUGGACGGUGUACACGACGCAGGCACGUCGACUAAACCACUUCCACCUCAGCUGUCUCCGCCGCAUCCUGAGGCUGAACUGGCAGGACCGCAUCCCCGACACCGAAGUGCUGGAACGGACGGGAAUUCUAAGCAUCUACUCCAUGUUGACACUAAUGCAGCUUCGCUGGAGCGGCCAUCUGGUGCGCAUGGACGACGAGCGACUACCCAAACGACUCUUCUACGGAGACGUCGCGACGGGUUCUCGUCGUCAAGGAGGCCAAAUUCGCCGUUACAAGAAUACCCUGAAGUCCUCCCUGAAGCGCCUGCACAUCAACCCGACCAACUGGGAAGAGCUCGCCCGCGAUCGUCCGACAUGGAGGAGAACAGUGAAGACGGGCGCUGCUAUCUACGAAGCCAACCGCAUCGCCGCCGCCAAAAUGAAACGCGAAGUCCGCAAAUCACAACUUCGCCCAGUAAGUAACGCCGCCGCACAACCGCUUCCAACGUGUCCUCGAUGUCAACGGAAAUUCCGGGCUCGAAUCGGACUUGUUGGACAUCUUCGGAUCAACUGCGCCUCUCGAACUGCACCAACCAUCGUCCCGCCGCCUGCCUCUUCCUCCUCCUCCUCUCCGCCGCCAACUAACCCUGACAAUUCUUCUGACCCGCCACUUCCAUCAUCCUCCUCCUCCUCGCCCACUGCUCCAACGGCGGCCGCUCAGGCGACUGUCCGCGCACAGCAACCGACACUACCACCACCUCCCCCGACUCCAGGAAUGAGGAUCAGGACUACACCUGCCCUCACUGCGACCGUACCUUCACCUCACACAUCGGCCUGGUCGGUCACUUGCGAGUCCAUCGCACAGAGCCUGGCGAACCAGUGCGUGAAGCACCAACCCAGACCCACCGCACUCGCCUCCACUGCCCACAAUGCCCUGGCACCUUCAGGCAUCGCAUGGGCCUUUUCGACUACAUGCGCAUCCACGAGAGCGGCCUUGACCGCACUCCCGACACACCCACCACAUCCAACACAUCCACCCUUCACACCCCCACUCUCGUUCCAUCCGUCCGCGCCACCACCACCGCCGCCUCCUCUGUAG